AUGUCUCUCGGUCUUGAUCUUGAUCUCUUUGAACUCGAGGACGAUAUCUUCCCGCCCUUGUACAGCACAUCACUCCCUGACCCAGUCUUCGACAGCUUGUCGGCUAUUGGCCCUCUCAGUCUGUGCAUCGAUGGCAUACCGCUGGAUCUUGGGGAUGUAGACAAUGAAGGUUUCUCUGCUGAUGUGGUCAACAGGACCACUGUACCGACCGAACCGACACGCAUGACACAUGUCCUGCCAUCGUUUUCCCCGCCGACGAUACCUUCAGUCUCGUCGUCGUUGUCGCCUCCGCCCGCAACAUCUCCCCUACACGGUUCAUCUGCGUUGCAACAGCAGCCAUGGAGUCCCGAAGUAAGAUGUUACACGUACCCUAACGAUGGGUUUGACAUGGUGACCAGGAGCAAUGGUCCUGCUGAGCCUCCUCAGAUUGCACGGGUUCUGCCAUCGUUCGCCCCGCCGGCGGCAUCCUCUGGAUCUAAGGCUCCAAUUCCAUCACACAGAGUUCGAGGGCCUCGAAAGGCAGCUCGUGCCAAGGGGCGUGAGCUCCGCCCCCGUACGUACGCCGGGCCUUCUGUAGAAGCAGACCCGACCACUGCGUUUCUUCCCCUGCCAUUCGACAUCCCGGUGGUGGACGAGACGCGUGUCGCAAACUGGGAAGGAUAUAACGCCUUCCGGACCCACCCGGACCCACACACUCCGGGCGUGCCCUCUACACCCGUUGUUCCGUCGGCGCCCGUCCAUGACGGGAACUUCGUGCAUAGCUUCGUUCACGCUGUGUACCAGCCGCAUCACCAACUCGACAGUGGACUCGACGAGAUUCCCAACGGGACUUCCGAUAUGCAUCCUCCUGCUCCUGUGAGAUCCAGUCGCAAGCGCAGACGGAGAACAGACGGCGAGGAGGACGAGGAUGCGCGCUCACGCCCCGCGCCAUACAUACCCCAGCCGACCCCGGUGGACACCACCACUCCCAGUCCUCCUGUAAAGUGCAGGUGGAAGGGUGCGGAUAAGCGCAGGUGCAGCAGGACAGGCACCGAGGUGGAGAUUUGGGAACACAUCCGUGCCGACCAUUACGCUGCGGACCAGGACCCUGCGAAACCGGAGCCAGCACCGGUGGUCGCUGCGUGCGGUUGGGACGGGUGUACCUUCGAGGGGACACAGGAGGCGCGGUUUUACCACUGGCAGGAUAAACACAGGAAGGUGAUCGCAGCUGACUUCCGCACGAGGGGCAUCACGAAGGAGGCGGACAGGAUCUACCACUGCAAGCUCUGCCCAAAGACGAUGAGGCUUGACAACGGCGACCGGCAUAUGCAAGUCGCACAUUGCAUGUUCGGUGGCUUGAUGUAUCGGUGGUGCGAGAUGUGCGGGAGUUACAAACGCACGGACCAGACGAAUAAAACCCGAGACCAUUACGGUGGUUGUCUAAAUAAGUUCAUGAAAAACAACUUCGUUCCAUAA